UCAGACAAUAUGGAUUCUAUCACUAGCGAUAUGGCAACAAUCAUGCUUCAUGCUGAUCAUCCUUCAACUCAUGAUGUAGCAGUUCCUCUACAUGUUUCAACCACCUUUGUUCAAGGCAAAGCCUUUAAUGAUAAGUUUGCCAUUUCAAAAAACUGGCUGCCAGCUUCAACUGAUCAACCAGACCUAUCCGCUCAUGUGUAUUCUCGAGAAACGACUGAAGUACGUAGCCGUCUAGAGUCCAUUCUUGGUCAUCUAGAACAAGGAAGUAUGGCAUAUGCAGUUACAUAUGGAUCUGGACUUUCGGCCAUUUUUGCAGUGUUUCAGCUGAUUCAGCCUAAGCGUAUCCUGACCAGUACAGGAGGUUAUAAUGGCACGCAUGGCAUUAUUGAAAUGUACAUGCGAGGCCGUUCUGUGGAACUCUUUUACAUUGAGAAUGAUAAGGAUGGUUCAUUGCUGAAAUCGCUUGAAGCCGGCGAUUUGGUCUGGCUAGAAUCUCCUCAAAAUCCGUGUGGAGAAGUUGCCGAUCUUCACUACUAUACGACCAAUCGCAAACCUGGCGUGAUUGUAGGAAUUGACUCUACAUUUGCACCUCCACCACUUCAAUGCCCUUUAAAGCAUAAUGUCGAUAUUGUGAUGCACAGUUCUACAAAGUUUCUGGGUGGUCACUCAGAUUUGCUUGGUGGAGUUUUGAUUACAAAGGAUAUUCACGUUAGGGAUCAGCUUUUUAAAGACAGAAUGCAUCUUGGAAGCAACAUGGGAAGUAUGGAGGCAUGGCUGCUUCUCCGUAGUAUGAGAUCUUACAAACUACGAAUCCUGCAACAGUCGAGCAGUGCAACCACUUUGGUUAAAUGGCUUAAUUCGCGCAUUUCCGGCGAGUCGAAUGAUGAGACCUUGGAUAUCAUCGAAAAAGUAUGGCAUGCCUCCAUCCCCGCCAAUCCUGGCCAUGAAGCUGCAUUACGUCAAGGAAGUGGAUUCUCUGGCGUUUUUAGUGUCGAGUUUAAAUCUUUACACCACGCAAGACUCAUUUGCUCAAAUCUCAAGUUAUUCAUCAAUGCCACAUCACUGGGAGGUUGUGAAUCGCUUGUUGAAUGGCGUGUUGCUUCUGAUGCCAGUGUCGAGCCAACUGUCUGUCGAUUUAGUAUUGGUCUUGAAGAUGUGGAAGAUCUUCAAAAAGACUUGAGUGCUGGCAUGCUCCAAGUUAAAAAGCUUGUGGAGGAUAUGGACGAGAAAAAGUCCAGUGAAGGUGGAAACUGAUCUCUUAUUGUGUUUGUGUUGACAGAAUUACCAUUAAAUUGCUUUAGCUGGUAUGCAUUUAAAGUCAGUAAAAUGUACAACAGUCAAUGUUUAUUUAAUCCCAUUCGUCAUCCGCAACACCUUCAAUCAAAUCUUGUGGUAACGGGCCUUGUUUUGAUUUUUCCAUGGCUAUAUCAAACAUGGCUUUUAUACUCUGAUGUAAAUGAAGUUCAAAAAUGGUC